AUGGCCUUCCUCGCCGGCGCAGCCUCCAUCCGCAGCCCCUUCGCCCUCGUCUCCUCCUCCCGGCGCCGGUACGAUCUACCCACGGCCGUGAAGGCCACCACCAAUUCGAAUUCGGUUCCCCGCCACCCCAUCAUCUCCUCCCUCCGCCUCGCCGCCUCCGCCGCGGUCCUCCUCGCGGCCACCUCCCCGGCCAUCGCGUGCACGCCGCCCCCGCCUCCGCCCCCCGCGCCCACCGUCACGGUCUCGCCCGAGGACGCCAUCCAGGACGACUCCCACCUCUUCGAGAAGCUCAUCAUCGAGACCGCCGCCCUCUCCCAUGUCAGCGGCGCGGAGGCCGCGCGGGCCCGCCUCUCCGCCGCCGGAGGCGGCGAGGACUAUGCUCGGCUCCUCGCAGCGCAGACGCUCUUCGUGGACGGCAAGGCCGACGAGGCGAUCGCCGCCUUCGAGGAGCUCGCGCGGGAGGACCCCGGCGACUACCGCCCCCUGUUCUGCCAGUACGUUCUGUACUCUGUUCUGGGCAGGGCGGCGGAGUCGGAGUCGAUGCUCGAGCGCUGCCAGGCGAUCGCCGGCGACAAAUUCAGCGCCAAUUUGACAAUGCCGAUCUCGGCGACCAAGGAGGUGGAAGCAGCAGCAGAGGCAGAGGCUGAGCCCGUGACAGAGAAGACGGAAACAGAGGCGGAGGGGGAGAAACUCAUGGUACAAUAG